ACGCACCCAUUUAUUACGACGGAGAAUUGCUGUUUGAGUAAAUUCGAGUGUCUUCUAUUUGGCGGCAAAAUCUACACUCGAGCAGUUGGUCAUUUGUUUAAAAAAUAUUAAUGUAAAAUUUACAUAUUGUAUUAACAUUGCUUGUUUGUUUCAAGUGUUAAUGUAAGUGUAAUGCCUUUAUAUUUAUGAAGAAUUUGUACGCUUACAUGUAACGACUAACAGUCAUUUCCAGAACUUUAAAGUGGCAAUGGAUCUCUCAGCCACGCAAAUUUUUGAGGACGGGGAGGACUUCCUACUCACACAGGAAAUCUCUCGUACACUAGAAGAGGAAGAUUCGGUGCAGGUCGGAACGUUGAGCGUUGGUUCCACUGAUCAUAAGGUUAAAACAGGGAUCACAAAGAUUGGCAGACACGAUAGCUGCAAUAUUAUUAUUAAAGAUGCAACCGUCUCAAAACUACAUGCAGAAAUUGAAGCUAGCAGAGGAGGAUCAACCUGGAUUUCUGAUCUAAAAUCUUCCAAUAAUACGAAACUUAAUAAUUUUAUAUUACGACCUACUCGUUGGUACGAACUCAAAGAUGGAAGUGUUAUUGAACUCGGUAAAGUACGCGCUACCUAUCGUACAUAUUCAACUGACACGGGUGAUAUUGUGAUACCAGAAACGCCUGCACCACCGCGGCAGAAAGUUGCAAGUACAAUAAUUCCGAAUACACCAGAUUCAUCUCUUAACAAUUCUUCCGGUGUGGAUGAUGACGGGUCUGUCAUUCUUGGAACUCAGAAAGAUGAAAAUAGUGUCUUUCGACGGCCGCGAGUUCCACAGCUGUGUCAAUCUACGAGCAGCAGUAAAAGUAAUACUUCUAUGAAUGAAAGUAAUGACUCUCGAAUCGCUAUGAACACGUCUGAUGUUAACGUUGGCGAGAAUCAAUUCGGUAUAUUUGAUACAGAAACGCAGACUUGUGAGGAGAGAUGUGAAAUGCCAUCGAGUUCCAUUCAUGAUAUGGAAACGCAAGGAAUCCCCAAAGAUGUGUCCGAACAACUUGUCGAAGCAAAUACUGAAGUCGACGAGCAGCCGUCAGAACUAAAUGUUGAUAAAACAAAUGCCAGAUCUGUGAAGGAUAUUCACGAUAUGGAAACGCAAAAUGUUGAUAAAACAAAUGCCAGAUCUGUGAAGGAUAUUCACGAUAUGGAAACGCAAAAUUAUAUGGAUUAUAAGAAUGAAAUGGAGAAGCAAAGGAGCGAGAUCAAUAUUCAAAAUGUAACAAAGGAGAAUUUUACGGAUGUUCGUAUUGCGGAAAUACAUGAUUGUGUCAGCGAUACUGGUAAAGGUGGCGGCGAUACUCAGAAAUCUGAAUUUGACAAGAAAAGACAGAAGAAUGUGAGUGAGAAUAUCGGCCGCGAUAUUCAAGAUUUGGAGACACAAAAGUUCGAUGAUAAAUGUUUUGCGGAUAACGUGUCUAAAACUCAAUUUGGAUUGGACGAUGCAAGAUGCGAACAAAACGGAGAUAUAUCCAACAUGGAAACUCAAUUCAUAACAGAUGGUACGUCAAAUGAGACUAAUAAUCGAGCCAACAACGAAAUAAAUCGUGAGAACAUUACGGGGUCACCAAAGUCCAGAUCCAGCAGUCCCGGAUCUUUGAAUUUAUCUUCACCAGGGGUCGAUGACUGUCCUUCGCCAUUAAACCAGAGCGACCAUUUGCUCGAAUCAUCAGAUUUAUUAGAGUUUUAUGGCGAGGGUAUUGAUAAGGAAAAAGAAAUUCAUGCAUGCUGUACGUCUACGCCGAAGCCGCUUACGAAACAGUUAUCGGAAAGGGAUAGUAACGUUGGAAAUGUGGAUACCGAAGAGAAUAACGAUGAGGAUAUGUUCGAAGCUCCUACUCAACGUCUCAGUAGAUUUGAAGCUUCAAUGUCGGACUAUUUCGAGACGAACGAGGAAGGUACACUUGCAGUGUGCAAAGUUUUAAAGAAGAAACGUCGAUCGGAACAAACCAACAAUGAUUCAGAAAUAGACACAACGCAGAAAUACAUUGCAGGACACGCUAAAAAGCAACGUGAAUCUUCAGGCACUCUAAAUAAGCCGUCUAAUGAAGAUGCAAAUAGAAGUGACCCUGGCACAAAUGUCGAGUCUGAAGAUAUGUUUGAUGCGGCGACGCAAUUGUUGAACAAUUCUGCAGCUAAGGACACAUCUUCAAUUAAUCAACCGCAAGAAACUAAUGAAAUUAAUAGGGCUGAUGAUAUAGAGUCGACGCAAAUUAGAAAUAACGUUAAUCAGGACAACCAAAUAGACACGUCGGACAUUAAUGAGGCGUCUACUCAGCUCAUUUUAUCACACAAAACUUCAAAAACAGUCGAUCGUUGCACAACAGAACUUCCUGAUUGUGAAGAUAUAGAUUAUGAGCUCGCGCCUACGCAAGUAAUCGGUGAAAUUGAAGAUAAAGAGGGGAGGAGCUCCACUCGCGAAGGAGACUCUUCCAAGGUAAAUUUAAACGACACUCUCGAACAAAAACUUAAUGAGAUGUUUGAAGAUAUAAACAACGACGUAAAUAACGUUUGUGAGUUACCGUGCAUGUCGACGCAGUGUCUGGAAGAUAUUCUGGAGCACGGUAACUCUGCUAGUAAAUCCAUCGCUGACAACCGAAAUACAGAUAAAAUGCCACAAAAGCAAGUAAAAAAAGGGAAUCAGGUAUCUUGUAAUCAACAGUCACAUAAUUUACUGAAUACCGAAAUAAAUGACAAUAACGUUAAUAACUCCGAGACUGAAUCACAAAAAUCAGAUACCCGUUUUUCUACAAUCACUACAAGGCGCAAGAGAAAUAUUUUGAAAGAUACACAAGAGUUCGUGAAAGAUGUGACUCCUCGUCAAAAUGUUAAUUCUUUGCAGGCAUCUGCAGUAAACAAUGAGAAAGCGGUAGAUGAUGACACAACUGUGGAAUCUAAGAGAAGAAAAAUAAUUUCAAAAGCGAAAAAUACAUCUGAGUCUACGACGGAAACGUUGAACGACGAUAACGGGAAUAAAAACAUUUCGAGCGGGGAUAACGAAAGAAGUGUUCGAAGUUUGAGAUCGACGAGGCAGAAAAAUGUAACUACGCCGGAAACGAGCAAACAAGUCUCGGGAAGAGAUCCAGCCAAACUCGAAGCCGAUGACACAGAAGAGAACACGUCGGCUUGCGUUCCUUGCUCAUCAGCAAGUGGGCAAUGUUUGCAAACGUUAAAUCCGUUAUAUGAGAUGGACGAUGACAUUCUAACGCGCUUACCAGCCGUUAGAAUAUCAGGGACUCUCUCAUAUCCGGCGAGUCCUUCUGCAUCAUCGAUGUCGAGUGUGCGUAGUACGAGAUCUAAACGUAGUACGAGUUCUAAACGAGACCUCGUAGCAAAGGGGAAAAGACGUAAGUCCUCGAGAGGGAAAUCAUUACGCAAACGGAACGUUGGGAAUUCGAGGGAAAACGAUAAGCCGCCUGCUGAUGGUUGUCCAAGUCCUGUUCUCAACACUUCAACGAUUGUUAAAGUACCAGAUCUUGUGGACACUUCCGAGGAUAGUGAAACUGAUAGCGAAACUGAACGAUUUCAACAAAUGGCAGGCAGAAUGUUAAGUAAGUUCAGUGGUCCGAAAGGGCAGGAUGAAGGAAGCGGGAAAAAUACAUGCGUUUUGUCAGAUGUAUCGGAAGAUCCGGGGCAGAGUACAAAUAUCGAAUCGAGGAGUCUAACGCGAGCCAGGUCAAGAACGACGCGACAUUUCAGCAAACAAAGUAAUGAGAAUUCGCGCGAUCUUCAGAGAAAAACUCGUCUGAAAAGUGCAGCUUGCGAAGGCAGAUCCACGGAGCCAGAAACGAAGUUUACUGUUAAAAGGAAGAUAUCUCUGAACGUGGUAGAAGAAAACGCGGAGAAAAUUACGUUGAACAAAUGUAAACCGGCACAAGACACCGAGAAAUGUCCAACUUCUGCUGCUUUGGAAAAGACUCGAGGGACUUCCUCAAAUACAGAUGGAAGUGUCCAUCUUGAAAGAUCCAAUGUUAAACGAAGUAGAUAUAAAAUUGAUGAUGGUGAAGUUACAGACAAGUUGAUACAUGUCAGUGAAGUAACUGCGAGUGGAAAUACUAAGAAGAAUGAACCAGCUCAGAGAAAAGGAAUGGAAACGCGAGCGAGUGAGUCGCAAGAAAAGGUUUUGAGAGUUUUGCUUACUCCCAUAAAGAGUCCCAUGGAUGAUGAAUCCCAAGAAGUUGAGAGAAUCAUGGUGAAAGGUCCGAGUCAAGUGCAGGAUAAGAAUUUAUCGAUAAGAGAAAGCAGUAAGGCAAAGCUAUUCCGUAGAGGAUUGAGAACCAGAAGACGAUCUAAUUCGGAUACCAAAACAUAUUCUGGCUCAUCUGAGAGUGGUAUGUCAUCUGAGAUAGGAGACUCAAGUUAUACGGGACUUAUCAAUCCUGAACCGAGAGUUAAACGUCGAAGAGCUGCUAAAAGUUCCAUUUCUUCGACAGAGGCCCAAGUCUCGAGAAGGGAGAAGACUUUCAAGAGGCCUACUCAGAUAAAGAAUUCUUCAAAUUUGGCUUCUAGUUUCUCUAUAGAAAAUACUAUUAGCGAAAGUAGUCAGAGCAGUACGGAAAGUUUCACUUCAACAAACUCGAGAGUUUCAAGAUCGAGAGCAGCAAGCAUCAGAGAAAAGGAGAAGGCGGAGUUGAAUCAAAAUACAAAUGGACGAACUGAUGAGAGUGCUUCAGGGCUAAAUGCAAGUGUAGAAAUUACGUCUUUUUCAACGCCUAGAACGCGCAGGAGUACAUCUAUCCUGAAUAAUUCCACACCAUCCGCAAUAAAACAUAAAGUUUUGUUUACGGGUAUAAUGGAAGAUUAUAGUAAGAUUGUUAAAACGUUAGGUGGAAGCAAAGUGGAAGAUCCGGCAAAAAGCACCAUUUUGGUUACUGAUAAAGUUCGACGAACGUAUAAAUUUUUGUGUGCGUUGGCGAAGGGCGUGCCCAUAGUGGCGAUUGACUGGUUGAAAGAUAGUGAAACAGCGGCGCGGUUUCUAGAUUGCGAAAAUUUUAUGUUGAAAGACCCGGCCGCCGAGGCCAAGUUCGGUUUCAGACUAAGGAAAAGUCUUGACAAAGCUAAAGGAAACAGAUUACUGGAUGGCUACGUCGUUGUAUUGACACCGAACGUCGCGCCGCCGCCUAUAGAAGAAUUGAAAAAUAUAGUGUCGUCUUGCGGUGGAAAAGCUUUAUUACGCCCUCCGAUCAAAUGGCCCGAAAGAGCAGUGAUUUUGUCUUGCGAGGAAGAUUUGCCAAAUGCAAGGAAGUUUCUCUCUAAAGCACCGAAGACUGUUACAGUACAAUCUACAGAAUUUAUCUUGACUGGUAUUUUAAGGCAGGAAAUGGAUUUUGAAAAAUAUAAGUUAACAUAAUAAGUGAUCCUUAAUAACAUUGUAUAUCGUGAAUUACAUCCAAAUAUUUCAAUUCUUAAUUUAGAGACCAGUCUAUACUAACAUUAUUAACAAUGCCAUAUACUAUCACAUUUUUAAUAAACAAAAACAAAUGGA